UGGUAGGGCCUAUGAUUGUUGGUCCUUUCACCUUUGUGCAUCACCAUCCUAUGGAGCCAUGAGAUCUGAACCAAUGAAUACAGACAACAUUAACUAUGUUUGUGGAUCACCACAUGUUCUAUUGGAACAAGAGAAAAGGAGAAGAAGGGGAUGGAUGAGCAAGGACCAGAAGGACCAGAAGAAGAAGGGCAAGGGAGAUGGGGCGAUGUGCAUGUCCAUGGAGGUGUUGUUGUUGUGGGUUGGUGCUGCUGCUGUUGCAGGGGCAGCAGUGUCUCCAAGCAAACAGGUUGUUGUGUACGUACGACAUAUUUCUGUGCUCCUGGAUGUGCUACAUCACCUCAUCCUCUCAUUGGCCGCCUCGGUGCCCGUGGCGUUCGUGCUCAUCGGCGGGACGGUGCAAGGCCCAACUCCGAUGCAGCGGCGUGGAUGUGCGGUGUAGGAAGCGGUUCCUCGCCGGCUGGACGGCGUUCAGGUACAACCCCGGCGCCCACUAAGUACUGCCUCGGCUACAACCUCCCUCGGUGAGCUCCAUCUUCCUCCUGCUCUGCUUCAGCUACUGCAUGGGACAUGGCUAGGGCUACGAUGAUCAGUUAUGGCUGAUAUAGGCAUGCUCUCGAGCAAUCGAGGCAAUUGUUGUGGGUAUUAAUUUGGAUCCCCCCUCAUUUCCUUGAGCUAUUUUGAUCACGUUCUUAUUUUAGUGGCUCUGUCCUUGGAUGGUCAUUUCUGAUGAGUGAUAACCAGGGCAGUUUCACCCUCAUAAGAACAUAUUGAUCUGGUGAUCCAUCCAGAAAUAAGAGACGAGUGGAUGCACAAGGCUCCUCGGCGAUUUGAGCCUCCUGGCCGUCGGAUCGGCUCCUUGAUGCAUUUCCGGCUGUCCGAUCCCCCUCCCGAACGCCCUCGACCGUUGGAUAAAAACUGAGCGCUCGUUUCACUCCCGGCCUGCCACCGCACGUAAUUCCAGUGCCCCGCCGGGGGCGUUCACGCCAUUUCGCUUUGUCUGUGGCGGUGGUGUUCGUGCUAGGGCGAUGAUGAUUAACUAU